UGGAGGACAAGAGGAAAAAAACGAAGUCCCAAGGUGUGUGUAACCCAGACACUUCCACCUGCACCCCUGAGAAAACCCAUUGCACCUCCAUGUAAGAGUGCCACAUUCAGCCUUGGACUCCCACACCCACCUUCUCCAAAGCAGAGAAGUAAGAUCAAGAGGGGCAUUAAAGAGCGCCCUCGACCCUCUGCACCAUGUGAAGUAGUGACUUCUGCACCUAGCCUGCAACACUCUUUCCUGACUGAUGUUUCCCAUGUCUGUGAGAUGGAGGGUGGUCUUCUAAGCCUUCUCAACGAUUUUCAUUCCGGAAAACUUCAAGCAUUUGGGCGGGUAUGCACAUUUGAACAACUGGAACGUGUAAGGGAAAUGCAAGAACAGUUAGCUCGUCUUCAUUUCAGUCUAGAUGUAUGUGCAGAAGAGCUAAGAGAAGAGACGCAUGCAGAGAGGAACUUGGAGCAGCUACUAAAUAAUGUAAGUGAUCAUAUAUAC